AUGACAACAACUUCCGACGCUGCACCUCUCGCCUUCGUGCCGCACCAGCAACCGGCAACAGCGCUUCGCAAAGGUCAGUGCCAGCACGCAGGCUGCACCAAGGCGGCCGUGCGCUUCGACACCAAAUGCAUCGGCCACGGCGGCGGCCCCAAGUGCGACGUACUCAAUUGCGGCAUGGCCGUGGCCUGCAACAGUCGCUGCAAGCGCCACGGCGGCGGCGCGCGCUGUACGGUCGACGGCUGCGACAAGGCGAGCCAGUGCCGCGGACGCUGCGUCGCGCACGGCGGCGGCGCCGUCUGCAAGUUUGCGGGCGGCUGCCUCAAAAAGACGCAGCGCGGCGGCAUCUUUUGCGCGCGCCACGGCGGGUUUCUGUACUGCAAAGCGCCAGGGUGCUCCAAGAAAGGCCGCGGCGCCGGCUUGUGCGACGAGCACCGACCGAGCUGCUGCAUCCCUAACUGCAAACGACUGGCCAAAGUACAGCAGCUGUGUACAAAGCACUACAACUUGCAGUCUCUGCACGCCCAAGAACAACGCGACGCUAGCCUUGAUGUCCACGCUCUGGUCUAA